CGUCGAGGCCGCGAAUUGCCAGUCAGUUCCUCCGGUCGAGUGAAGCAUUUCGUGCCAAAAGAAAGUGAAAUAAACGACCGAGAGUGAAAGACCGACUGCGAGCAGCAGAGGAAAACCUGUGCACGAAAGAACCUCCACACAGGAUCUUUUAGCUUAAGUUUUGCUCCCAAGGCUACACGUUACGGAUGAAACCCUUUGUUAACUUUCCAGAGCUGUAUUUCUGGCCUUCGCAGUUACGUGAUAAGCUGAGCCGCGGGACCGAAAGAGUGGCGGUUUCGCAGUCAAGCGUGACAAAUAGCUCGAGGGCCGCCAUCUCAGCACGUUAGUUGCAUCAGGUUGCGUCAUGCAUCCAAAUCUACCAGAAAUAGUUCAUGCGACCCUGUCUGUUUACGUUUGGAUUUCCCCGAUUCAGGAUGAAGGCGACUGUAAGAUAUGCCAUGAAAAAUAUCGGACUAGUCUUCCUGAAGUUCGGGACGACGAGACACUUCGAAUUAAUAAAGGCUCUUUGCGGUUCUUCAAGCAGGAAGAUGGGAGGUGACCAGCUUGGUCUCCUCCUCUGGAAGAACUACGUUGUUAGAAAACGACAACCGGGCAUACUGAGCCUGGUGUUUUUAUGGCCAGUUUUUGUGUUUUUGGUUCUGUACACUGUCCGUGAUAAUGUCGAUCCAGAAUAUUUUCCCACAUGCCAAUUUCCUGCGAGGUUCAUGCCUCAAGAUGGGAUCUUGCCAUUCAUUCAAAGCUUCGUUUGUGGUGUGGGAAAUCCUUGCGAACCAUUAUCAGAAUACGAGGAAGUACCAUCUUAUAAAAAUGCUAUGAUGAGUCCACUAAUCACAGAAAUUCAAACAGUUCUGCAAAAUAACACGAUUCUUUCAGCAGUAUCUUUUCUACCAAAAGGUCUCCAACUAAUCAAGUCAAUGGCCCAAAUUCUUACUCAACCGGAAAUUAAACAACUUUUUGAUAGAGGAAUCCGCCUUGGAGAUUUGUUCAAUAAUCAUGAAACGAUUAAAAGAUCCUUGAAAAAUCAAGUGCCUCAAGCAACAGAAAGUUUGAUCGAUGGACUCUUCAAUUCAUCAAUUAAAUUGAUAUACCUGAUCGAAGGAUUUGGUUCCUCAAACAUCGAAGACAUCGUCUGUUCAGCAGAAAGCUUGAAGAAGUAUCUAGUCGUACCCAAUGAAAAGGAUCUUGUCACUAUAUCAAAAGUGCUUUGCGAAAUAGAUCCAGCGAAAAUUCCUGGAAUUUUGGAACAAUUGACACAUCAUUUAGAUUUUACUGGGCUUCUUGAAAUGGUCAGUCGAGCUAUGGCUAAAUUUCAAGACUACAAUUUUUUUAAGGAUUUAAAAAAAACUGCUGAAACCAUCCUUAGCCUGAGAAUUGUCGAUAAAUAUGUUCCCAAAUAUCUAAAAAUUCAAGAAUGGUUGCCAAAGAUGAUUCCCCUUUUUAAAAAUGUCUCGUUUAAGGAAAUGAACCCUCUAUUCAUAAAUCAAAUAAUAGAUGUACUCGAUCCAAUUUUUCAAGAUGAAAAUGAUUGGAAAACAGCUCGAAGUGCUUUUCUGAAGCUAAAAGAUUUGCUCGCUUUGGUGAAAGACAUCAUAAAUAAUGGAAAGUCUCACGGAGAAGAUGUUUCUAGUCUCAUACAAAAAAUUGGAGGAAAUGCGAAGGAUGUAGCUUCCAAUUUUGUCGAGUAUGAGAAAAAUGUCACGAAAGCUUUGGAUAUUGUCUAUCUAAUUUUGCAAGAUGGUGUUAAACUCACCAACAAAGUGAUACAACAACACGAAGAUAAAAUGCAGAUUGCAGCGGAAGUAUUGGAUGGGAUAAAAAAAUUUUUUUCACAAAAAAUACUAAGCAUGCUUUCGUACUUAGUGUCAUUAACAGACAACGUAGUUCAAAUCACUCAUCACGUAGCUGUUAUUCACGAAGAAUUAUUGAUUAAGAUUAAUAAUGUUGCCCAGAAUCAUGAGACCCUCGUACAAAAUAUUCUGAAGAACGUGGAACCGCAUGCUUACAGAGCAGCAGUAAAUUCUUUUUCUCGCUUGGAUUUUAUUGAGAACAUUUUGGAGGGUUUAUCAUCAAAGAAGAUCGAAGAAGUAUUGUGCGAAGAAGAUAAUUUCAAUGAAGUAUUUAGAGACGUUAGAGAGAAUAAGGAUCAACUAACAAAUCUGAAUGAUUCUUUCUGUAGUGAAUCUGGCAAAAAGUUCGUUGCUGAUCUCUAUAACACGUUUGAAAUGAGAAAUUUCAGUCGAAUUGUAGAAAACACUUUAACGACAUUUAUUUUCAUGGCUUUGCAAAGACCUAUGCCUUUCGAAAAGUCUAAUCUAACGGGGUCUAUAGGAACUAUUAGGUCCUUCAUAACCUACCUAGAGGAAGCUGAAUCAAAAAGAUUGGAAUCAUCUUGGGCCAUGUUUCUGAUCCCGAAUGAAUGGAAAAAAGCUUUUGAAGAAACUCAAUCUCAAGGACGUUUGGACAUCUUAGGCCUUCAUCUGAGUAUGGCGAAGUUUCUGGGAUCAAAGAGUUUUUCUUACUUUACCAUUGAACCAAAUUUAAUCAAAAUGGAUUUGCUUGCUGGUGAUAUUUUAGAUGAUCUUGAAACUCAUCCUAGCGAGUGGAUUGCAGACGUUCGGAUUCACAAAAAUGAGUUGAUUAAGUCUUUUUAUUUAACUGCCAUUGAUAGACCAAAGGUGUUAAGACUGCUUGAAUACUCGAAUCUAACAAAAAAUGUUUGUCUGGAACCGAAUGCGCCGAAUCUAAUAAAUUUCCCUCCAGGUUCAAAUGCCACAUUUUUAAUAAACCUAAUUUGUCGACCAAUAAAAAUUGUAGAAUCGACUCUUAGUGUGAACUUAUCAAACAUAGAAGGCCGUGAAACGAUGAAUCGUGAUUUCAACUGGACAGGAUUUAAUGAGAAAGUCAUUAAGAUUUAUCAUUAUGUUGAUUCUCUUGUGCAGCAAGAAAAUCCAGAUAAUUAUGCUGGUGAUUUAAAUAAACUUCUGGAAAAAUUUAUACAAUCUUGGACGAAGGAUAUAUCAGUGACGGAUGCCUGGGAAUUCAGCGUAGGAGUUUUGUGCAAAAUGUUUACUGUUAUGGAAUAUCCUCUUUUCAAUGCAAAACAGUUAACUAAUUGGAAUAUGUUCCAUGCUCUGGCUUGGGCUGCAUCUUUACUUGCUGAUAACGUCGAAAAUGUCGUAGAUCAAAUUCAAAAGAAAAAUCAUACUAUUGAUUUAGAAGAUGUAUUAAAUUUAAUGCCACAGACUUCAAGUUUCUUGAGUAAACUUUUGAGGAAUCUUGCCCCUGUAACUCUUGAUUUUAUUGACAUGACUGUUAAAAUUCCUCUGCAUUUUAUUUCUGCUCUCAACGAAUAUAAAUCACGAGAACCUGAUUGGCCCUGCAUCAAAAACGUAAGUAUUGGCGAGGCUCUAGAGUUCAGAAUAGGAAGUCGAGAGUUGGUGACAGAAAUUGAGAAAAUAUCCUGCGAUCCGAGUUUAUUAAUCGAGGAAUGGAAUGAGCAGCCUUUACUAAAUAAAGUUCGCAAAAUUUUUCAGCACGACGAUUCUGUUAAGUUACCAUACUUUAAUUGGGUGGAAGGAUAUUCAAAGUUUCGUCGAUUAGUUGGAAAAAUAAAUUCUCUAUUGGAUUCAUCAGAGGAUGUGGGACUGUCAGACACCCCGAGUUUGUCUGUUUAUAUGAAAAACUUUAUGCCAGAGGUCCGGAAAAUGGUGACUGAAAGUUUACCUGGAGCAGUAGAUCAAACUAGAAAAAUACUGGAUUUUAUCGACAAUAAAAUUGAUGAAGGAGUGGAAAUCUUACAUAGUCAUUCUUCAGCAAGGGAUGUGUGGCGAUCCAACGGUACUUCAAUAGAUUUGGAUUAUUUUCUUGCUAUUGGAAAAUAUUUGACUAAUGUUUUGCACGAAGUGACAGUUUUAUUUUCUGGUAUUCUUAAUGAAGAUCCGAAAAAUAUCAGCCUUCUCUCCUUGCUUGGAUUCAGGGACAACAGUGCGAUAGCAAUAGCUUAUAAUCGUCUUCCAAAUAUAAUAGCUACAUUCAUAAAUGGUUUGUCUGAUCCUACAGUCGACAGUCGAACAAUAAACGCCAUUAAAAGAAAAAAUAUUUCUUGUUCAGAAAUAUUCCUAUGGCUCUCUGACUCCAGGGUAGAUCUUUCUCUCGAUGAGUACAGAAUUUUGAAAAAUUUUACAUGUGACCUUGACCCAGACAACUUUAAUGCAUUCACUGACCUUUAUAUGAAGGAGGCUGUAGUUUGGGAAAGCUCGUUCUCCGAUUAUCAAUCCUUCUUUUUAAGCUUAGGAAUCGAUAUGUACGAUUUAGGGAAGACGAUCGAAAAUCGUACUAAAAGUGGUAUAAAAGUCGAACUUCCAUUCGGAGAAAAUUAUUUUGAUAAUGUUCUGAAAACAUUGAAACGGGAGCUUAACAACAAUGUGGAUGAAGUUGGUGGAAUAAUACUUAGUAAUAACCCAGAGAGCAGAACUUACCGUUUGGUGAUAGAAGGUAUUUCCGAAGUUUUAAGCAACAUUGCUAAAGCUUUGAGAGGAAUAAAUUUAAAAAAUAAUGAACUGCAUACCUGGGACUUGUUUGAAAAGGGUGAUGUUCAUCAAAUCAUGAAACUUUUUGAAAACCAUCCCACAGAAACAAUUUCCCUCUUUGCUAUUUUAAGCGAACUUGAUCCCAAAACUAUGCAGCUACAGCCGAUAAAACAUUUUAAAAAGAUUUGGUGCACUUCACAUCCCAAACUUGGUAUAUGGGCUGGACCUAACGCAACACAUUUUCUGAGGGAAUUUUGUUCUUUUGAUUUUGAUCCGUUGUUGAAGACCUUAACGAGCGAGGAAUUAUAUGUUGUAGCAAGUGGCCACACGGACGUAUUACAGAAAGUAACACCUCUAUCAAAAUCAGUGUCUCUUCUAUUGGAUCAAAUUAUAGAACUGAGAUCCAAAUAUCCGAAACUUGUUUUCCAAUCCACUAUUUUGAAUUCUACAACCUGGAGAUAUUUACCUAUCGAAACUUGGAGAAUGAUUAAUCAGACUGAACUCUCUUGGGUCAACAAACUUGUAACCGAAUAUUUUCCAGAUGAAUCGCUCAUGGGACAAGUACACAGGGUACCUCAAGUUCUCACAUCAGUCCUUGAACUUUUAUCCGGAGGAGAUAUCUGGCAAAAACUUAGAGUUAUUUACGAAGGUUCAAAAAUAAAACCUCUUCUAACAAUCGUUGAGGAUCUGCCUAAUCUCGCAAUAACUCUCGUCGAUACUUUUGUUAAUUCCGAAAGAAUUGGCGACUUUGCUGAACAAUUUUUUUCUGGCAAAGUAAAGCUUUGCGAUAUAGACAGAUAUUUAAUACCACCGAAUUUUGUAAGAAAGAAAGGAAUCCUCUCGAGCAUCACAAUUGUGUGUCAAAAAAUAAUAAAUGGUGAGAAACUUAGAGCUGAGGAUUUUUUGCCGUUGGACUUUUAUGCUGAGAAAAAUCGUUUGUACGAGAUUCGAAGUAACUCAGGACAAGAAAAUUUUACUGUAUAUAACAAAACUUACCUUAUGGAAAAAAUUUACAAAUUUCAAACGACUUUAAUACGAAGUAUGUCAGAGGGCUUCACCGAUGUUAAAAUCCCGACAUGGUGGUCUUCAUUUGAAGAAGGAACUUUAAAAGAUUUUCUUCUAAAAUACAGAAGUAAAGAUUUGAGAAAAUUAGCUCAUUCUUCCGUGAAAAAGUCUAUCACUGUUCUGCAGAAUAUCUUGAAUUCCACAUCUUUAAAAAAUAACUGUACCUGGUGCAACACACUUCUUGUAGAAAUUUUAAAUUCUCAACUAAUACGACAUGCAGAUUAUUCAAAAUUAAUAUGUAAAUUGAGUAAGAUGAAAGUGGUGGAGAUUCAUGAUACGAUGCUAAAAGACUUUUAUUGGAACAAAACUAUCAAUAUGAUCAAGCACUAUGAAUAUCUAAAUAACAAGAAAACACUCAAGAGUUUAAUGGGCACAUUAGAAAAUACUUUGCACUACGUAGCAGAUAUCAUUGUGGAUCAUCAGAAUGCUACUUAUCACAAAGAAGUUCACGAAUGUUUUUACAAAUUUGUCGGUGGACCUUCGUAUUCAAGACCUGGAUUGUAUAUCACUAUGAUGAUUGGAGUUCUCGAUUCAAUUGAGAAAAACGUACAUUUGGUGGAUACGGCAACUAAUCAUCAACACAUUAAAAAGUUAUCAAACCUGGCAGAGAAAUACGUACCGAUUUGGAAGCCUCUUCUUGAAGUUGUUCAAGUCGUAGAUAAGGAAACUGUAAAGCAUAUGCUUCCAGAUGCCAAAAUCAAUGUAAAUUUGUUGUCAGGUGAAGAAGAAAGUACUCUAUGUCAUCCUCCAAAACGAUGCCAAAAUGCAACAGUUCUCUAUGAAAUUCUGAAUAGAAACAAGUCUAAAAAACUACUUCUCUUCAAUCCAAAAACUUCAUCUUACGAUUCCAUAGAUGAGGUAUCUGCAUUGCUUGCUAAGAGUAUUAAUUUUAAAUUAAUUGACCAAAAACUUUUACUCUGGAGAAGAGAGGCUGGCUGGGAUCUUGAGUGGUUAAAGAGCAUUUUGAGACACUUAUCUGCGGUUAUGGAGGAAGGAGGAAGUUUGUUUGAUGUGGUUAGCAAAGUAGAUUUUGAAAAUGUUUCAAAUGCUCUUGGUGUUCCGGAUAUUGUGGAUGAUGUUGUCAGUAUCGUAAAUGGAAAAACCAUAGAUAAACUCUUUGAUGGAUUGAAUGAAAUUCUUGAUGACGUUGAUCCCUUUAUCGGAGAUCCUGUGAUUAGAGAAGAUCUGAGAAGUAUGGUAGAGGCGCUUGAAUCGAUGGAAAUAUUCAAGAAUCUUGGACUUUUGAACAUGAAGUAUGGAGUGCAAGACAUGUUCAAAAACUGGGACGUUCUCAGAAAAUAUUUAGUUGAACAAGCAGGUCUUUCAAAUGCUGCAUCAAGGAUUAUGAGUGAAUCUAAAGUCGAUAUGAUUUCCGUAUUCUUAAAAGAACGACGUGCCUUGGAUUUGAAAGAUACAAUUUGUUCCCCUGAUAAGCUAAGUGAGAUGUUGAGUUUUGAUCAGAGCCACGUUACGGCUGAAGAAGUUAGUUCUACUUUGUGUGAACUGAAUAGUGAACAUACACAAAAUAUGAUGAUCACUCUCAUCACGAAUCUCAACUUUGAAUAUAUCUUCAAAAACCUGAUGACAGCGAAUGUUAAAAAUAUUUUGAGGAACGCUAAUCUGACCGAAGCUGAUGGGAAAGAUGUUUUGGAAAAUAUCGGGGUUGCUGCCGAACUUGUGCCAUUCUUCAAGGAGAAGCUCACAUCCAGUAUUUCUUCACCGUUAACUGCUGCUAGUACAAAUUCUUCUGAUUUGAUGUCCAACGAUCAGUUUCUUGGAGAAGCCAGUAAAAUGUUGUGUAGCAGGCCAUUAGUAGAAGAAGGUGGUCAGUUUUACAGGGUGAUUAAAUCAAUCGAGGAUAAUACAAAAAACUAUAACGAAAGAGAAUUAAAUUCAUUACCAACUGAAUUUUGCAGAGACAUCUAUAAGAGUGUUUUGAGUAUGGCUGGUGGAAAAAUCAUCUGGUCUUAUGUAAAGCCUUUAUUACGAGGUCGUAUACUUUAUUCUCCAAACACCACAUUAAUCCAGGAAGUUAUGCAGCUUUCAAAUCAAAGUUUCUGGGAGCUGGACAAAUUCGCAGGUUUAAUGAAUAGUUUUCAAAAAACCCUUGAUUCCAUCGGUCGUCUGACAGACAUGGGGGAUAGUUUAAAGGACCUACAGGACAUUAUAUCUUCUGACGUUAUGAAGGUUGCCCUUAAAUCCAUGAGCGGGGAAAACGUUAAUGUCGAUUUUUCGAGUCUUGAUUUGAGUGAGGUAGCUUGGCAGUUAAAGAAAAACAAUCGAUUAGUAAAAAUGAUCGGGAUGUUGAACGAAUUGAUGGACUGUGUCCUCCUGGACCGCCAUGUAGGAUUCUUAACAGAAGAAGAACUCGAAAAAGAAGCUGAAAGAUUAAUGGAGACAAAAGAAUUUCUGGCAGGUGUCGUCUUUCUUGAAGAUUCUGAACGCCAUAAGAGAUCUUUAGAGUACGAUUUGCCUUAUAAUGUUACGUAUAAAAUAAGAAUGGACGUUGACUACGUUCCAUCGACUAGAAGACUGAAGAAUCAGUUUUGGCUUCCUGGACCAGAGGGUGAUUUCUUAGAGAAUAUGAGAUAUGCUCGAGGAUUUAUCCAGAUUCAAGAUUCCAUUGAUAGAGCGAUUAUUAAAGUAAAGUCUCAGUCUAGUCAAGAAUGGAUAACAAUGACUCAACAGAUGCCUUAUCCUUGCUGGAAAUAUGCUCCAUUCCAGUCUACAUUGUACGAAUCUCAAGGUCUUAUUAUUUGUUUCUUCUUCGCCUUAAUGAUGUGCGUUGGAGCUUCUGUUAGGCAUAUGGUCUGGGAAAGAGAAUCUCAAAAUGCAAUGGUUAUGAGUGUGAUGGGAUUGAAACCAUGGAGGAACACUUUUGCCUGGUGGAUAACAUCCUUCAUCGAACUAUCCAUAGUAAUGUCGUGUAUCGCUUUAAUACUCAUCGCUGGAAAAAUCCUUCCUAAAUCUGAUCCGGUGUUGGUUCUCGUUUUAUUUUUUGAUUAUAUUUUUUCAAUUGUAGCAUUCUGCUAUAUGAUAUCAACCUUGUUCAGUUCAGCGAGUUUGGCUGCUGUGACGUCUGUAGUUAUGUUCUUGUUGACCUACAUGCCUUAUAUUAUAGUCAUUGCUAUGGAAGCUAGUAUGAGUCUUGGUUACAAAUUAUUUAUCUGCCUAAGUAUGUCGACCAGUUUUUCAUAUGGAUGUCUCUACGCUGUACGAAGAGAAGUCCAGGGUACUGGAUUGACCUGGGCUACAAUUUGGGAAGAGUCCAGUCCUGGUGAUCCAAUGUCAUUGGGUUUGAUGCUCACAAUGAUUUUCAUAGAUGGUUGCAUUUACGCCCUAAUCGGUUACCUAGUGACUAGGUAUACAAAUUCAGGCAAGGGUUUUCAUGGAUUGCGAUCUCGCAGUUUGUGGUGGGAUAACAACCGUGCCCUCUACGGCCGGUCCGACUAUCUCGCCUUCAUCAACAACCUUUAUUUCACUAACGACGUUCUACAUCCUUCAGGCACUUAUCAAGAUGAAGAGACGGACUCGAGCAGUUUGACAGUGAACGAGAUGCAGGUUGGCGUAAGUUUCGAAGGAGUUCGUAAAGUCUAUCAAACUGAACAGGGCUUUCGUGCCGCUGUGGACGAUUUCACAUUGAAGCUUUGUGAAGGUGAAGUGACAAGUCUUUUGGGGAGAAAUGGUGCUGGAAAAACUACAAUUAUAAAACUUUUGACUGGAAUGCUCGCCCCAAGCAGCGGUGAGAUUCGCCUUAAUGGAGAGGAUGGUUCUAAACCUGAUAUAGGAGUUUGUCCCCAAGAUAAUGUCCUCAUUCCAACCUUAACUCCUCGAGAGCACAUGACAUUCUACGCAAAAUUGAAAAAACCCAUUGAUCACUUGGAAAUGAAUAAAAAUGUUGAUGCAAUGUUGGGAUCGUUGGAGUUGGGUCGUCAGGAGCAUGAGCCCGUUUAUCGUCUUUCUGGAGGAACAAAACGACGUUUGUGCGUCGCUCUCGCUUUCCUGGGAUCACCGAAACUUGUGAUCUUGGAUGAACCUGGUGCAGGAGUUGAUCCAGCAGCGAGACGUAGGAUUUGGCGGUUAAUCGAUCAGCACAGGAUUGGCAGAACAGUCCUUCUGUCCACUCAUCAUCUGGACGAAGCCGACAUGUUAAGUGAUACGGUAGUAGUGAUGCACAAAGGAAAAAUUCUGCAUGCUGGGUCUCCUUUGACUUUGAAGAUGACCCUCAGCCAAGGAUACAAAAUACAUGUGUCUUUCCCUACUAAAGAGGGAAUAAACUCCUUUAAAAAUAGAUCCUUUGAAAGUAUUUCUCCUCUUGUUAAGAGUGUUAUUUCCAAUGCAUACGUGAGAGAAGUAUCCAGCUCUGAAGUGCUUGUGGUUUUGCCCUUCUUAGGAGUCAAUGGCACGAAUAAUGAUAUUGCAGCAGCAGCUAAAGUCCUCGAGGACAAUAAGAAUGUAAUAGGGUUUACACACUUCUCUCUAGAAUGUGACACCUUGGAAAGAGUUUUCCUGGACCUUUGUUCUGAUGCAGAAAAUGGAUCAGUUUUGAUGAGAGCUAGUCAGGACAGCGUCGCUACCAGGCAAUCAAACGGUAUCGAUUUCUAUCCAAUGUCUGAUCACGUGGAUUUAAUUGGCCAGGAACCUGAACCUAGACCCUCGCCAUAUAAACAAGCAAAAGCCCUUCUAAAGAAGAGACUAUGGCAUUUCGCGAGAGACUGGAGAUCACCCUUGGCUGCUUUAAUUCUACCUACUAUGUUCGUAGCAAUUGCUAUGGGAUUCUCGUUAAUCAGACCACCAUCCGAGGAUGAGCCACCAUUAAUUUUAAAGCCACGACUCUAUAAUACACACCCAACUCACUUUUACAGUAUUGACAAUAAAUAUGAUACGUUUCUCCAACACGUGUCUAUGCAACUUCAAGAUCGAUUUGGAGGUGAUUCCGCUGGCGCUUGGCAGACUCUUCCAAAUGACACUGGCACGUGCGAAUGUCUCGAGGGUCAACAAGUUUGUCAUGGAGUGUCCCAAGCUGUCGAGGGUUUGUUGCAAAUCCCAACCGGACGCCCAACCCUCGACUGGAUAGUUUCAACUCAUCAAGAGUAUAUAGAGAAGAGAUACGGUGGCUGGUCCUUGUCUCACUCAAAAAACGAUCCUCUCUUCGUGGUCUGGUAUAAUAACAAAGGGCACCAUGCUUUGCCAGCUUACAUUAAUGCUCUUAACGAGGCGAUCAUGCGAGCUUCUGGAGUUGAUGGAUAUUUGAUUACUCUUAAUCAUCCUCUAAAGUUGUCGAGUGACCAACUGAACCGCACCAGCUUGUUGCAACACGUAGCAGAUGUCGGAAUCGCCCUGAUGCUUUUAGUCGCAUUUAGUCUGGUUGGAGCCCAAGGAGCAAAGGAGUUGGUUAGGGAGAGAUUGUCCGAAGAAAAGCGAAUCUUAUAUCUCGCUGGAGUGCAUCCUGUGACUUACUGGACUAUUGCUCUGAUAUGGGACUUUCUGGUUUUCGAGUGUGCGAUCGGCCUUGCAGUUAUAGUUUUUGAAAUAUUCGGUCUACCAGCCUAUGUAGCAAGAGAUAAUUUAGCAGGAAUAUGCUUGCUCUUAUAUCUAUAUGCGUGGGCGGUUAUACCCUUCACACAUCUGGCAGAGAAAAUCUUCGACGACUCGAGUGUUUCAAAUAUGGUGCUCUUCUGUGUUAAUACGUUUCUGGGUGUUUCAUCCUUAGCGACUAUCCUCGUAAUCGACAUUCUCGGCAAAAGCCAGACUGCAGUAGACGUACGUGAUUUUCUUCAUCACGUGCUACUUCUACUACCCCAAUAUGCACUUGCUGAUGCUCUUGUCGAAAUCACGAAGAACGACAUCACUGCUGAAUUACUUGGAAGAUUUAACAUGGAUACCUACAAGUCUCCCUUAGGUUGGGAUUUAAUUGGUCUACAUUAUGUCUGCCUCUUCGUCGUCGGAACCAUCUUGUACUUUGCUAACCUAGCAAUUGAGUGCAGACUGCUACCUGAUAUAACAUGGAAGAGGCAUAAAGUUUCCUACGAGGAUGUUAAAGAGGACCCAGACGUCGCUAGGGAGCGUGUCAGGGUGGAGAAGGAAUUAGUUCAAGACGUUUUGAAAACCGUGAAAUUGCGAAAGGAAUACAACAGCUUUUAUGGUACAAACGUUGCGGUGCAAAAUCUCAGCUUCGGCGUUCAGACUGGUGCUUGUUUCGGCAUCUUCGGCGUAAAUGGAGCUGGAAAAAGUACAACCUUCAAAAUGCUGACUACAGAAAUAAAGCCCACGGCUGGAAGUAUUUUCCUCAAUGGGUCAGAGGUCGGAGCAGGACCUCUGUGCAAUGGUAAAGUUGGCUACUGUCCCCAAAGUGAUGCUCUUGAUGGGUUCUUGACUCCUGAUCAGUGCUUGACCAUUCAUGGAGAAGUUUGUGGUCUAAGGGAUGUUGCUAGGUCAGUAGAGAGGAUGUUAAAGAGGUUUGAUCUAAUUAAAUACGCUCAUCAGAGGGUGAGCAGCCUCAGCGGUGGGAACAAACGAAAACUCUGUGCAGCUAUCAGUAUGAUGGCUCCUGUGUCUAUAGUCCUUAUGGAUGAACCUACCAGUGGAAUGGACCCAGCAUCCAAAGAAUUAGUUUCUCAAGGAGUGAAUCACGUGACGAGAAACCAAGGGUCGGUCAUAAUGACCUCACAUAGUGUAGUGGAGUGCGAAAGACUUUGCCCAAGGGUGGGUAUUUUGGCCAAAGCAGGUCUCAGGUGCAUCGGAAGUCCUCAGCAUCUAAAGCACAGGUUUGGCGAAGGUCACAUAGUUCUCUUGAGGCUUAAACAGUCAUUGUCACCGGAUGACUUAAAGGAAGCAAUUUCGAGACACAUUCCAAAAGCUAUCGUAUGCUCAAGACAAGCAAGGACUGCGCGUCUUCUUAUACCUCGAGGUCAGGAAAUAGCUUUGAGUAUCACAUUUACUAAAGUCCGGAACCUUGCGGAAGAUCUCCAGGUGACAGACUUCACUGUAACUCAAAGUUCCUUAGAUCAGGUGCUGGUAAACUUUUCUGAGCAGUUAGAUGAGUGUUCUGAUACUGCGAUGUGUUUCACAAAUACCUGCCUCAGCAGCGACGCCAUUCACUUAGACAUAUUGUAAUUUUAUUAUAAUUAGCCAGUACAAAUUUUUCAUCAAAUGCCAGUAAUUUUAAUCCAUAUUAUAUACCGGAAUAUCCAAUUCUAAUUGUUGCUCUCUUGCUCAAAUGAUUAUUUAAGCAAUUUCAAAGAUCGGUUCUAAUUAAAUAGUUCUUAUUAUAGUUUUUGUAAGAUCGUAUUGUUUAUCUACGUUUUUAUUUGUGUGAUUGCAUCAAAUUAUGUUUCAUUGAGGCACUCAGCUAAUUUAUGUUUCUAAUUAUGUUUUAGAUCUUCGAAACAAAAGCUCAAUUUUACAUUCAGUUGAUUUGUUCUGAGGUUAUUUCUUGACUUCACAAAGUUGUGAUGCUUAUUAGAAACAAUUUUUGCUCAAAUGAUUUAAUUUCUUAAAGAAAAAUUUCAAGCUUCACGUGUGUAAAAAGGUUUUAUAUGUGUUUUUAAAUAUAAUUUAUUUCUUCUACGUA